AUGGCUCGUUCAGGCUUCGUCUAUUCUCCGGUGCAAGCCAAGGCAGUAUUUGCACAUUUUAUGGUGGGAAAUGCAGCAAAUUUCUCCUUGUCUGACUGGGAAACCGAUAUACGGCUCGCUCGAGAUGCUCACAUUGAUGCGUUUGCUCUCAACAUCGGCAAUGGCACUUUUGCCAACACUACCUCCCUGUCUCACGCUUUUAGCGCAGCUAAUAAUCUCGGCGCCGCAUUCAAAUUAUUCUUCUCAUUCGACUACGCGGGCAAUGGCGACUGGGACAAGGAAGAUGUCAUUGAUCUCCUAAAUGAAUACGGGACGGACGCGGCAUACUACAAAGUCGGUUCGCAGCCUUUUGUGUCGACAUUUGAAGGCCCUCACUGCGCUGAGGAUUGGAUCGAGAUCAAGAAGGAAACUAAUUGCUACUUUGUCCCAUCGUGGUCAUCUCUCGGUGCCAAGGCUGCCGUGGAAGCCGGCCCAGUUGAUGGCCUUUUCAGCUGGGGUGCCUGGCCAGAGGGUCCAAACAAUAUGAAUACGCAGGUGGAUGCGUCAUACCUCUAUUUUCUCGAGAAGAAAGCAUACAUGAUGCCAGUCUCGCCCUGGUUCUUUACAAACAUGCCAAGCUACCACAAGAACUGGCUCUGGCGUGGCGACGAUUUGUGGCAUGAUCGGUGGCAACAAGUGCAGUUCUUCCAACCAGACUUUGUGGAAAUCAUCUCCUGGAAUGACUUUGGAGAAUCACACUACAUCGGGCCGACCCAUUCAUCCGAGUACACGACUUUUGCCCUGGGCAAAUCGCCCUACAACUAUGCCGACAGUAUGCCUCACGAUGGCUGGCGGCUCUUCCUCCCUUAUCUCAUCGACACCUAUAAGAACGGCAUCGCCUCCAUAACAGAAGAAGGGCUAGUCACCUGGCAUCGCCUGCAGCCCGCUUCUUCAUGCACCACGGGCAACACUACCGGAAAUGCGGCAAGCGAGCUACAGAGCAAGUAUGCGCCCUCGGAGAUUGUCCAGGACCGAAUCUUUUACUCUGCGCUUCUCGCGUCAGACGCGACCGUGACGGUCACCAUUGGAGGCGUAGUCCAGAGUGGCAGCUGGGAACACGUGCCCGCCGACGGAGUCGGGAUAUAUCACGGCAGCGUCCCAUUCAAUGACAACCUCGGAGACGUCGUGGUGAGGGUCUGGAGAAACAGUGAAAUAGUGGUUGAAGUCCGCGGUGCCACUCUCAACACCGCCUGCACCGACGACAUUGAGAAUUGGAAUGCGUUUGUCAGCGCUGAUAGUUCAGGCAAGACUAUGGAUGAUCCAGUCCAGCCUUCCCUGCCAAUAUCGCAGCAGGUCUGCGUCGAUGGGUUCGGGCUCGACGACGAUGCGGGCCUCUGUAGCUUCGCCUGUAGCUUUGGAUGCUGUCCCGUUGGCACAUGCACCUGCACUGCCUUGGGUCCUCAGCCUGCGUACCCUCAAGAACCUCCUCAACACCACGUGUGUCCUGGCAGCAGCACCGGCAAUAAUUUUGGUGGCACCCUUCUCGAUCUCUGCGACUUUACUUGCAAUCUGGGCCAUUGUCCCGACGCAUGUCCCAACAGCACUACUACAUCGUCUUCUGGUGCCCCGGCACAGGGUAUCCCUACUCAAAUUAAUUCUUCUCCGGCAGAGACAGGGACCAGUAACGACCGACAGAAGAAUCUUGCGACUCGCUGCACCUACACGUCCAUGCUGUGGAUACUUCCUCUCGUCACAUAUCUGUACUCAUAUUGGCUCUAG